GAAAUCGUCCCGAGCAGAGGGGGCGAGGAGGAGACGGACUUGGGAAAAUCAGCUCGUCCUAAACUCGACAGCUACGUGGAUUAACGGCAGCUUCAGCGGCUAGUGUUAUCAUAUGAUAGUCUUUCCGCUUGUUCGUUCGAAUCUUUUGGACCGGGAACGGUUGUUUGGCCCACUUUGGAGAGGGCUGUCGCAGCGGGAGGGGGGGAAAGGCAGUCUGGUAAUCGGUUGUUUCCCUGCUGGAGCGGACGGAGCCGUGGUUGUGGCCGGGCAGCCCAGCCGGACGAAGCCUAAAACCUCUGCACGGAAUAUAACACCUAAGAUAAAGCUUUUAAAUUGUUUUUUGCAAAUAGCGGGAGAGUGGAAAUGCUCCCUUUCGACGCAGUUUGGACAUUUUGAGAGCUAUGCGACGGAGCUCACCGAGGAGAAGUUUGAUUGGAGAGCGGAGUGCGUUUGAUUUGCAGUCCGAUGGAUGUUAGCCCUGCCCGGCUGUGGCUCGGGUCUAUGCACCGUUUAUCUGAAAAAUAGCACCACCGGGCACAGGUGAACAAUGCUGCUGUUGCAGACCUGGCAAGUACACGAUAACCCCGGCUCCAGUGCCAUCAGUUCACCCUGCAUUGCUUGUGUAUAAACCUGGAAAUACCAGCGACCAUCCCCUCCUCCUCCUCCUCCUCCUCUUCAUCCUCCCGUCUUCUUUUUUUGGACUAGUGAGGCUUGCAUUACCUGGGAUGUUUUGGAUGUAGACUCGAUCUUGACUUUUUUUUUUUUUAAAGAUGCAAUAUUUCCAGAGACAACAAGACAUUUAAUUUGACUCAAUCGUUUUGAGAUUUUUUUGAAAAUUUUUCUGGAGCUUUUUGUGCUUUUGUAAAAUUCUCUUUCUAGUCAAGAGGAUCCGAUUCGGAUGGAAAAUGGGAGACGCCACCAAAUUGGCCUUCGCCGUUUUCCUCAUCUCCUGCUCUUCAGGCGCCAUCCUGGGACGCUCAGAGACGCAGGAGUGCGCCUACUACAACUCCAGCUGGGAGAAGGAGCGGACUAACCGCAGCGGCAUCGAACCCUGCUAUGGCGAGAAAGACAAGAGGCGGCACUGUUUCGCCACAUGGAAAAAUGUCUCCGGGACUGUGGAGAUUGUCAAGCAGGGAUGCUGGUUGGAUGAUGUCAACUGCUAUGACAGUAACGAGUGUGUGGAGAGGAAGGAGAGUCCCGAUGUUUUCUUCUGCUGCUGUGAAGGCAACAUGUGCAACGAGAGGUUCCUGUACGCCCCUGAAGCGCCCCCGCAGAGCGACCCGCACCAUUCGACCGCCUACACCACCUCCAACCCGUUCUCCCAGAAGCCCCAGCUCUUCAGCACCCUGCUUUACUCACUGGUUCCCAUCAUAGGCCUGGCCGCGGUCGUCCUCUUCUCCUUCUGGAUGUGGAGGCACCACAAACUGGCGUACCCAGCUGCCCUCGUCCCCACACAUGAUCCCGGACCCUCACCCCCGUCCCCAAUUCUGGGACACAAACCUCUGCAGCUGAUCGAGGUGAAAGCCAGGGGGCGCUUCGGCUGUGUGUGGAAGGCACAACUGCUGAACGAAUACAUGGCUGUUAAGAUCUUUCCCAUCCAGGACAAGCUGUCUUGGCAGAACGAGUACGAGAUCUACAGCGUGAGCGGCAUGAAGCACGAAAACAUCCUCCACUUUAUCGGUGCGGAGAAGAGGAACAACAACCUGGACCUGGAGCUGUGGCUCAUCACCGCCUACCACGACAAGGGCUCAUUGACAGACUACCUGAAGGCCAACGUGGUGUCCUGGAACGAGCUCUGCCACAUCGCUCAGUCAGCAGCCCGCGGUCUCGCCUACCUCCACGAAGAUAUCCCAGGACACAAGGACGGGCACAAGCCCUCCAUCGCUCACAGGGACAUUAAAAGUAAGAAUGUGUUGUUGAAGAAUAACCUGACAGCCUGCAUAGCUGACUUUGGCCUCGCUCUGAAGUUUGAGGCAGGAAAAUCAGCAGGAGACACACACGGACAGGUGGGAACACGACGUUACAUGGCUCCCGAAGUCCUGGAGGGCGCAAUCAACUUCCAGCGUGAUUCAUUUUUGCGCAUCGAUAUGUACGCCUUUGGCCUCGUCCUGUGGGAGCUGGCAUCACGGUGCACCGCUGCCGACGGACCAGUAGAUGAGUACAUGCUCCCCUUUGAGGAGGAGGUGGGUCAGCACCCAUCUCUGGAGGACAUGCAGGAGGUGGUGGUGCAUAAGAAACUGCGGCCCUGCCUGCGAGACUGCUGGCAGAAACACACGGGUCUGGCCAUGCUUUGCGAAACCAUCGAGGACUGCUGGGACCACGAGGCCGAGGCACGCCUGUCCGCCGGCUGCGUCGAAGAGCGCAUCGGACAGAUGCAGCGCCAGGCGCCCGUCAUCGGCCCCGAGGAGAUCGUCACGGUUGUCACCAUGGUGACAAACGUGGACCUCCCACCCAAGGAGUCCAGCUUAUGAUCAGCCAAUCAGCCGACGCCAGACGAGCUCUAGCGAAAACACAGAUCAACACGAGGGGAUAAAUGGCCAACCCUGGUUGGUUGGCUUUGUGGGGGGGGUUUUCUUCUUCUUCUUCUCCUUUGAUUUUUUUUUUCCUUCCUGUUCUUUUAAGUGCGGGCCGCUGCUCGCAUUCAGGAAACGCCCCUUGCGCCCGCCUCACCACAUCAGUUGACAUCCACCUCAUUUUGAUAGGCGUGCUUGAGGAUUUUAACGUUGAACUCUCUGCCAUCCUGAGCGGACUCACUCAGGAUGUUUUACCAAGCCACAGCACUGACAUGCUGGGACAACACUCUACGGACACUUUGAUCAUGUAUUGUUUUUAUAUACACAUAUACAUGCAAACGCACGCACGCACACAGACACACACACAGAUGUAGGAGGGCGACGUGUUCUGCUCUGAGAAGAUUCUUCGGAGAAAUUUCACAAAACUCUCGGUGCAUUUUAGUGUUAAAAAACAACAAAAGAAGAAAAAAAAAGAAAAGACGAGCGUCCGGCUCUUGAUACAUUUGCUGUUUUCUCGUGUGUUUUUUUUCUUUUUCUUUUGGUUUUUUUUGGGAGACUAUCGUUCUGCCAAUAAGCAACGGCUUCUGAAUGUUUAUAGUGUAAUGCUGCUGUACAUAGUGUAUUAUGGACCCAGACAACUUGGUAAUCAAGCUUAUUUUAAAUGGGGGGGGGAAUGGGGAGGGGGGUCCAUUUUCAAGCAUUACGACGAUAAAAACCAUAAACCUCCUUCAACCAGGUAUACCUCAGUUCAGAUGGACAGUUUUAAAAAAAAAUCAGUCCCUCUCUCCCUGGUCAUGGUCAUCGCUCGCACUUCCUUUACAACCUUUUGGCCCUUCGUCAAUCAACAAAGCCUAGACACACACAGACACACACGGCCAUACAAACCGUAAAAAAAAACAACACAACUUUUUCCCUUCUUCGUCCCCUUCCUUUCUCUCAGUGUCUACUUCAACUUUCUCCUGUUGUUUUUUUUUUGUUUUGUUUUUU